AAUAUAUACAACAAAAUGCCUAGUCCAUAUGAAGAAGAACGUGUCUGGGAGGGAACAAACCAACAAUAUGAAGAUGAAGGAACUGAAGAUGUUAUUGAUAAUCCUGAAGAAGUACUACAAGAAUGCCUUGAAAAAUUUAAAACCCCUGACUAUAUUAUGGAACCCGGAAUAUUCGGACAAUUAAAGAGAUACUUUCAAGCCGGUGGGAACCCAGAACAGGUUAUUGAACAGCUCUCAAUAAAUUACAAUGCUGUCGCUCAAAUGGCUAAUUUACUCGCCGAGUGGCUUAUUUUAGGAGGAGUCAAAGUAACAGAAGUACAGGCUAUGGUGGAAAAUCAUUUAAAAGAUAUGAUUCUGAAAACAUUUGAUCCUAAAAAAGCUGAUACUAUUUUCACAGAAGAGGGUGAAACUCCAGCUUGGCUCACCGAGAUGAUAGAGCAUCCGACUUGGAGAUCUUUGAUCUACAGAUUAGCUGAAGAAUACCCUGAUUGUCUUAUGUUAAACUUUACUAUUAAAUUAAUCUCUGAUGCUGGUUUUCAAGGAGAAAUUACAAGUAUAUCAACAGCAGCUCAGCAGAUUGAAGUAUUUUCUCGUGUUCUAAAAUCAGCCAUAGUUGGAUUUCUACAAAGCUCAGACGAUUGGCAGAACAGUGUUACAGAAUGUGCUAAAAUGGUUUGUCACGGAGCACAUACGUAUGUAUACAGCCAGGUUAUUGUUCAUAUACUCUCUCAAGAACCAAGAGGAGGAGCGAUUAUGAAAAGACUUAGUCAAGAAAUAACCAGAUGUGCACAGCAAAGUGGUCACGAUGUAACUCCGAUCACACUAGCUCUAACGCCCGGCGAAUCUUGGCGUAGUGCUCGCACUGCACUAGCAGCAAUGUUAUCGAGAGGUGCUUUAAACCCAGCUGAUAUUACGGUGCUCUUUCGAGCAUACACACAGUCUGAGCCACCUCCAGUUCACUUACUAAGGAUACCACAUUUUUUAGAACUACUUGUUGACUCCUUGUUUAAAUUGGGCAGUAAACUUAAUCCAGAACAUAAAUCGAAGUAUAUGUAUCUUUUGGCGUAUGCUGCGAGUGUAUGCGAAGGCGUUACUCCCGGUAAACCAGUUAAGGAUGAACUAAAAGCUACUGUGCAAGCUAUUGAAAAAAUCCAUGCUGUCUGCAGCAGCUCAGCUAGCUCUAGCGAAUUGAUUUCAGAAUUGCCAUCCCUCUAUCAUUGUAUAAGGUUUCCUGUAGUUGGAAUGGGUGUUCUGGUGUGGGUAGAAUGUGUAGUAACAGAAAAAUCAUAUUUUAAGCUGUGUACUGAACAUUGUCCCGUUCAUUUGGCAUUGCUGGAUGAAGUUGCCUCUUGUCAUCCACUGCUACACCACAGACUGCUAAAGUUACUUGUUCAGUUGUUUGAAUCUCCCCAAGAUGAACUAGAAAUUUUGGUACAGUUAGAAUUGAGAAAAAUGCUUUUAGACCGCAUGGUUAAUUUACUAAGUCGCGGUUGUGUGGUACCCGUACUGCAAUAUAUAAAACAUUGUUGGCAACGUGGUGACACUGACAUUUCGCUUAUUAGAUAUUUUAUAACAGAGGUACUUGAUGCAAUAGCACCGCCAUACACUCCAGAGUUUGUUCAACUAGUAUUACCCAUGGUUGAAAAUGAAGAAAUAACAGGAACUAUGAGGGCUGAAGGCGAAAACGAUCCCGUUUCAGAAUUUAUAGUUCACUGCAAGGCGCAUUAUGUAGUAGUGUGAAACAUGAUUAAACAUUUUUUAGUAGAAAUUUACUAUGCAGAUAAUAAUAUGUUAAAUAAAUGUUUUGAUAAAAAAAU